AUGGUCAGUCUUUUGGCCUUUGUUGGGGCAGCAGAGCCCUUUUGCGAGGCCAGCUUUGCGCAGUUCGAGGAGCUGUCGUUUAACAAGCGCAUGGAGGAGGUGGCCAAGAACGAGGAGGCCACCGAGGAGGACGACAUCGAUGUGGAGCUGCGCCUGUCGCGCUUCGAAUACCUCAUGGAGAGGCGUCUGCUGCUGCUGAACAGUGUCCUGCUGCGCCAGAAUCCGCACAACGUUCACGAGUGGCACAAGCGGGUCAACCUGUACGAGGACAAGCCCACGGAGAUCAUCAACACCUACACCGAGGCCGUGCAGACAGUCCAGCCCAAGCUGGCGGUGGGAAAUCUGCACACCCUCUGGGUGGGGUUUGCCAAGUUCUACGAGUCCAAUGGCCAGGUGGAGGACGCCCGCGUGGUCUUCGAGCGGGGCACCGAGGUGGAGUACGUCAAGGUGGCGGAUCUGCUGCGCCAGCAGCAGUUCGAGGCAGCCCUCAAGCUUAUGCAACGUGCCACGGCCAUGCCCAAGCGGAAGGUGGCGUAUCACGACGACUCGGAGACAGUGCAGUCGCGCCUCCACAGAUCCCUGAAGGUGUGGUCCAUGUACGCCGAUCUGGAGGAGUCCUUUGGCACCUUCAAGACCUGCAAGGCCGUCUACGAGAGCAUCAUCGACCUGAAGAUCUGCACGCCGCAGGUGAUCAUCAACUAUGGCAUGUUUCUCGAAGAGCACAACUACUUCGAGGAUGCCUAUCGGGCCUACGAGAAGGGCAUUGCCCUGUUUAAGUGGCCGAAUGUGUACGACAUCUGGAACUCGUAUCUAAGCAAGUUCCUCGCGCGCUACGGGGGCACAAAGCUGGAGCGGGCGCGCGACCUCUUCGAACAUUUACCAGCUCUACGCGAAGCUGGAGGAGGAGCACGGCCUGGCCCGGCAUGCCAUGUCCUUCUACGAUCGCGACACGUCCGCCGUCAAGGAAGAGAAGAUGUUCGACAUGUACAACAUAUUCGUGAAGAAGGCCGUCGAGAUCUACGGCCUGCCACGCACCAGGGAGAUCUACGAGAAGGCCAUCGAGGCUCUACACGAGCAGCAUAUGCGCCACAUGUGCGUCAAAUUCGCCGAGCUGGAGACGAAGCUGGGCUAGGUGGAUCGAGCCAGGGCCAUCUACGCUCACAGGUGUGCGAUCCCCGCAUCACGGCGGACUUCUGGCAUACCUGGAAGGAGUUCGAGGUGCGUCAUGGCAACGAGGAUACGAUGCGUGAAAUGCUGCGGAUCAAGACCUACAACACUCAGGUCAACAUGAUGGCUGCCCAGUUUGUCAACACGAACACGAAUGGUGUGGCUGCCGAUGCUGGUGCUGGCUCCGGACCGGAUGCCAUGCGGCUGCUCGAGGAGAAGGCCCGCCAGGCGGCGGCCGAUGCCAAGCAGAAGCCCGCCGAGAAGGCUGCCUCCAAUAUCAUGUUUGUGCGCGGCGAGACCCAGGGCGGGGCCAAGGGCAAGGAAAAUACAGUCUUCAAUCCUGAUGAGAUUGAUAUUGGCGACAGCGAGGACGACUACGACGAUGAGGAGGAGGACCCGCAGCAGCCGAGUGGAGACCAGGCCGAGGCAGGCCAGGCCACAACCAAGACCGAUGACGAGGGCCUCAUCAUGAAGAAACUGCGCCUCGAACAAAAGGCCAUACCGGCCAAGGUCUUUGGCAGCCUCAAGCCGACAAAUCAAUCCGAUUCCGAUGAGGGAUAAAUCUUUUGUUUCUUUUGAUUACGCGAAAUAUAAAUGUAUGUCUGUGGAAUACUUCCCUCGA